GCAUGAUCUUAGAGCUUUUUUUCCAGGGAUUUGGCGAUUGCGCAAUAUUCAAUUGAUAUUUCGUGUAGAAACGGGGUAGAACGAGCGAGAAUCGAGGCGAGAGAGGCGAUGGGAAUGGACUACGAACGGAUCUACCAGGCCAGUGUCUUCUUUCGCACAGCCAGCUCUUUGAUGCACUGAAUGCCUCCUCGGGAAGAACAUAUCCACGUACGAGUACUAGCUAGCGAGCUUUUAAAAAGCAGUCCAUCAAUCAGCGCUCGCUGCGAGUUCCUCGAAGUAAGAGUCUUUUUUCUCCAAGCAAGUAUCUCUUUGUCACUAGAUACCGCCUUUGCUCCUUUGGAUCAUCUCGCUCUAGCGUCUUAAAACUUUGGUGGAUUGAUUAUCCAGUCGCAUUCGAUCGAGGAAAGCUCUGGCCAGCAGUAAGAGUUCUUCUUGGAGCCACACACUGUUUCAUUUCAUGACUAAAAUCUCUGGCACUGUGCCAGAUUUGCAACUUGCGAUCUCGAGCGAGCGGGACAAAACUUUGGCAGCGUGAAGCCUGCGGUGAUCGUACGAAGAAUUGCCUAGCAUGGGCGAAAUGAACUUUGUGUCAGGCGGAAAACACGAGACGGUGUUCUUCAGGACUUUAAUCAUGUCAUAGUGAUUGUGUUUUGCCACGCUAGCGGCACUUUUAUGUCCACGUCGGCGUUUUCCCCUGGGAACCAUGUCAUAUAGCCAAGGCGAGUAUAACAUAGGCUAUGGCGGCCACUCUAUGUGCUUGGGGCCGGGCCUACGUUUUGGCUAGGGUUUCUGUGAGGUUAGGCGCGGACGCUGUUCUAGGCGCCGCAUCACACUGUCUGUGCGCCAGCGCUUCCAAUCGUCGUCCUCCUCCUCGCCUCCGCUACGCCGCCAUGACGCGCGAUAUGUCCACAAAGGUGGGAAACGCGCGCACGGUGCUCGAUUCGUCGUCUCCAGCGGCUGAUCUUGCCACGGUCGGCCUCACCAAGGCAUCGGAGCAGCCGAUUCCAGAGCUGGAAGUGCGCGUCUCGGAGCUGGACGUAUCGCAGUGGAAGGGGGAUUUGCUCGCAAUUGCCGUGUUCGAGGGCGGGAUGAGCGAUGAGGCAUUUGGAAUUCUCGACAAGGAUUUAAACGGGCUCCUGGCCGAUGUCGCAGCGGAGGAGGAUUUCACUGGGAAAUCCGGCCAGGCAUCGUUUGUGCGGAUCCCCGGGCAGGGCUUCAAGAGGAUUGGCCUUGUCGGGCUUGGCAAAUUGGAGAAGAGCUCGCUGGCCAGACCGUGGAAGGGAGUUGGGGAAUCCAUUGCAGCUGCUGCAAAGACAGCACAAGCUAGCUCUGUUGGUAUCGUUCUCUCGGCUUUGGAUCAAGAAGGAGUUGAUUCAAACGCUGGAGCGUCCGGCAUUACCUCAGGAGUGAUUCUGGGAUCUUUUGAGGAUACAAGGUUCAAAUCAGAGCCAAAGGCACCUAAGUUGAAGAGAGUGGAGAUUUUGGGCCUUGGGUCGGCACCGGAACUAGAGAAAAAACUCCAAAACUUGGUGAAAGUUUGCACUGGAGUGAUAUCAGCAAGGCAGCUCGUCAAUGCACCUGCCAAUGUUCUUACGCCUAGUGCGCUCGCCGAGGAGGCUGUAAGUAUAGCAUCCUCUCACAGUGAUGUUUUCACGGCCAAAAUUCUUGACGAAGCCGAGUGUAAGGAGCUGAAGAUGGGAUCUUACCUUGGAGUCGCUGCUGCUUCGGUGAAUCCUCCGAAGUUCAUCCAUUUGCAGUACAAGCCACCAAGUGGGGAUGUCAAGACGAAGCUGGCAAUUAUUGGCAAGGGACUUACAUUUGACAGUGGUGGCUACAAUUUGAAGAUCCAAGGCUCGAGCAUAGAGCUCAUGAAGUUUGACAUGGGUGGCGCAGCAGCUGCCUUGGGUGCAGCAAAAGCUCUUGGAGCUAUUCAGCCUCUCGGAGUGGAGGUCCAUUUCAUAGUUGCGGCAUGCGAAAACAUGAUCAGUGGUGCGGGCAUGAGACCCGGCGACAUCCUCACUGCUUCAAAUGGGAAAACGAUUGAGGUAAACAACACUGAUGCCGAAGGCCGGCUAACGUUGGCGGACGCGCUUGUAUAUGCUUGCAACCUCAAGGUUGACAAGAUCGUGGAUUUGGCAACCUUGACAGGAGCGUGCAUUAUCGCGUUGGGCAACGAGAUUGGAGGCAUGUUUACUCCCAGCGACGAGCUCGCGGAGGAACUGUCCCAAGCGUCAAGCGCCGCCGGAGAGAAGCUAUGGCGGAUGCCAAUGGAAGAAAACUACUGGGAGAUGAUGAAGUCGGGAAUCGCGGACAUGGUGAACACGGGUGGACGUCCUGGCGGAUCCAUAACGGCGUCGCUCUUCUUGAAACAGUUUGUCGAUGAGAAAAUUCCUUGGGCUCAUCUCGACAUCGCCGGACCCGUGUGGAACGAGAAGAAGAAAAUGGCGACUGGAUUCGCUGUGGGGACCUUGGUGGAAUGGGUUUCGAAGCACGCAUCCUCCUCGUAAAGUAAAAAAAAAAGAGGUUGGUUUUUCCCACAGCAGGAUUGUUUCUUGAGGCUCAUUUUUGCUCGGUCGUUAAUCCCGUGGAAAACAAUUUACAUUUAUUAUAACAGAUUGAAUCAAUUUAAAA